CCGUGCGCGGGCGGCGCCGGGGCCCGGCCGGCCGGCAGCGCGCUGCCGCGGGCAUGGAGCGGCUGCGGGCGGACGCGCGGGCCCUGCAGGAGUACGCGGAGUACCGGCGAAUUGUAGGUGAUGAUGAUGGAGGAAAGCUCUUUACGCCAGAGGAAUAUGAGGAGUACAAAAGAAAAGUAUUACCAGCUCGGCUACAGAACAGGUUGUAUGUGAGCUGGAGAUCACCAGCUGGCAUGGACUGUAAGCUUGUGGGACCAGAGACACUGUGCUUUUGCACUCACCGGUAUAAACAACACAAAACAGACUAUGAGGUGCUUCCCAAAGAGCGCCCUAUCUGUGUGCCUUGCAGAGUGAAGGGUUGUCAGUGCCAGUCCUACCACUUUGUCCCCCUGAACGGCACCCAGCCCAUCCGCUGCCGCUGCAAGCACUUGGCUGACCAGCACAGCCCAGCACCCGGGUUUCCCUGCAACUCCUGUUCCAAGUGUUCAGGCUUUCAUAGCUGCUUUACCUGUGCAUGUGGGCAGCCAGCAUAUGCUCACGAAACUGUUGUGGAAACGAAAGAGGAGCGCUUAGCCCAAGGAAAGCCCGUGGGGCAGGAUGUUCCUUACGCUGCCAUGGGAGGACUGACUGGUUUUAGUUCGCUAGCAGAAGGCUACAUGAGGCUUGAUGACAGUGGAAUAGGUGUUCCUUCUGCUGAACUUUUAGAAGCCCCCAUUACUAGCAUGGAUCAUCCAUUUCUAAAAGCAUUUCAGGGGCCUUCGAGUUCCAUUCAAACCAUGCCACAAAUAGCAGGUAGUUCAAGAGGCACAGGGCAAGUUUCUCAUGGAAAACAAUCAGAAGCCGAUGACAUGGCUUACUUUGAAAAACGCUAUCAAGAACGGCUGAAAAUGGAGAAAGCUGCUAAAAGGGGAGAGAGGAAUCCAGUGCCGUCAAAGAAGCCAUGACAUUAAUGAAUAAAUAUUUAUUAUUUGGCACAUUGCUCAUUAUUGCAUUGAAUAUUUUUCUCUGAGCCUACCCACAUACCUGUAUUUAUUCAUUCAUUCAUUUAUUGUUUUGUUCCUUUGAUGAAAUUAAUUUUUAAUUAUCUCAUUGAAAUAAAAUUGGUUCCUUAAUCAGUGUGUUUCUAAUCUCCAGAACUGUUACAAAGAUAUUACUUUGAGAAUGAAGAAGUAUAUUUAGAGAGCUGCAGCUCUGAGUGUUUAAGGUCUGAGAGAAUAACCUUGUAUUUAAAUAUUAGGUUGUAGGAGGACAAAGAAAAGAUAUGUCUUAUUUUUAGACUUUUAUGUUACAUUUUCUUUAUUUGUGGAGUCCUUUAAACUCAUCUUGAUUAUGGAUUUUAUGUGGUGAAGUUUUUUCUGUUAAUAUUGACAUUUUAAUAUUUUUUUUUAAAUAUUUUUUCUCUUUCUGUUGAUUUCAUCACCUUGACAUAAAAUUCAAUUAUACCCUUCUUCUCUCACACUUCUGUAGGCUCUGUUUUUCCCAUCAUAUAAUUUUUUUUUUUUUUUUUAAUAAGACAUUUUAUACACUUGCAAACCCAUUUCCACGCUUAUGAGCUACUUGAAGGGAUCUUGCUUGUGUACUUUAUCCCAGAUUUCUCUGGUGGUACUAUUCUCCCAAUUCUGUUUGUCUGUUACUGUCCAUAACAAUUAUUACACUAAACUUCUGAAAACUUUAAGUGGAAAUUGAUGUUAUUUAUAGCAUAUAAAGCAAUAAUCGCAUGCUGUUUGGUACAAACUUAUUUAUCCAAGAGAUUCCUCAUGUCUGAACACAGCCUGAAUCACCUCAGGGAGAUGUGCUUUUGUAUUCUUUGUCCAUAUUCAGAGCUGUGGCAAUAUAUGUUGCAUUUAAAGGUAGUGGACAGGAAAAUAUAAAAUUGAGUGCAUGUGUGGUGAUUUAAUUCUGCCAAGCAGCACAGCAAGAACUUGGUACAGAAUAACUGGCAGAGAGUACAGCUUAGGAAGCAAAAUCAGAGUCUGAGUUAACUGAUUCUGCUUUGAGAACCGAGAGGUGAAAGUCAGUUUGUUCUUACAAAUACCUGAAGGUGUCUCUUGGGCUGGAGGCUUUACAGGAGGUGUGUGUACAGAGACUUUACAGCAAGAACUGCAAGAAGCCUACAAAGCUUUGUUUCCCAUUGGAAAAAAUGCUUCCACGUGCCUGAUGGGAAAAGGAGAAGAGGUGAGUCUGAGGGCAUUUACUGCAGGGCAACUUGAUUUUUGUUCAGAUAUCACCUGUGGUGUGAAGGCUCAGUUUUAAGAGAGCUUUUUACCUUUAACUCUGACUUAUAUUGCCAUUUCUACGGGUGCCAAUCAGAGAGGAUAAUCCGUUACUUAAAUUUGAUUGCAUGAUACAUCAAGGUGUCUAAUUAAUGUUUUGAAAGUACCUGUACUGUGCAGUUCUACAGUUACAUGCUGCUUUAGCCUAACAAGCGAAAGUCCUAAUUUGAGCUCCCUCUUCUGGCCCUGGCAAGCAAUCCAUUCUACACAUCCUCUGCUUGGGCUUGAAAAUAAAUGGGGUUUUCACAGUGUAAUAUCAAGAAACAAAUACAAAUAACAUUCAUGAAGAAUAGUAAAAAAAUACAGAAAAAAAAUUUCCUAUUUUUCAAAGAGAUUGUUACAAGCUUAUUAGUGUAAGUUUACUCUGGUUUCCUGCUUAUCCCUGUUACUAUGCCCAUGGAGGAAUGAAGUUCUGGAAAUCUGUGUGUGUGUUGCAGAAGUAAGAUUUCUCACAGCAAAAUAUUGUUAAAGAGAGAAGUUCUAACAGUUAAAAAAACUUUUAUUUUGUGUUCCUUUUGAUACUGAGAACAUACCCUUUAGGAUAUAAUGUAUUGUUUCACAUUUUGAGUUGAUAUUAUUUGUCUACUUUAAAUGCUAGCUCUGCCAAAUUCAGUCCUACUAAACUAUACUUUGAUUAUCGCAAACUGGUUUUAUUAAAGUAAUUUAAAAAAUAUUCUGUACUUUAACUUAUUUACUGUUUCCACUCUAAGGAUAUAAAAAAGUUACUACAUUUAUUUACUGAUAUUUCUUUUUUAGUUGGAAAACAGGUUGGAUGAUAAAAAUAUCAAUGGCAUUAAAUACUGCUUAGGAGUUCUGACUGCUUUCACUCACGUUGAUGAUGUCCAAGGAAAAGAAACUUGCCUUCCUUGCUAGAAGGCAUAUUUUUGCAUAUUAGUAUUUUUGUAUAUUUAGUAUUUGCAUACUACCUUUUUUUCUGAAAUGUUAUUGGUAUCUAUACCAAUAGAUAAAUACAAAAAAAGCCAUAUACAAUACAUCUCAUAACACUGUUGGCUGUGAAAACUGGACAAUGAUACAAUAUCUUAAACGGAAUUUGAAUUUAUCCUAAAAACCCAGUGAUCGGUUUGCAGGAUCAAUAUUGCAACCUCCAAUUCUACUGAAAAAUUUCUUUAUACAUCUGCUAGAAAAGAGUAUUUUAUUUUUUUUAAAUUAUAAAAGCAGAGAGUGAAUGCUAGUAUGUGUGCCAUUAGCAGGGUCUGUUAAAUAAAGAUCUCAGUUUAACAGGUAUUUGCUGCUGGUUUGUUUUUUUGAGAGCAGCCAUGAACUUUGAACAAAAUAUCAUGGGACAGAUAAGUUACCAAUUCAUCUGUGUGAUUUAUUGGGUGGGUGUGUAUCUGUCAUUCAGCUGGAAGCAUGAACUGUUUCUGACCCUAAUCCAAGGAACCAGGGAAAAGGCUUUGUUCUCAUGCACAUGAGCAUUCUGAGCUGUUCAAGCCUAAUUGUAUAGGCCCUGGGCAGUGCUUAAGCAUGACUUAUUUUUAAAAUAGCUGGCUUUCAAAUCAGUAUUUUGCCAACACUAUAACGUUCCUAGAGUGUACAACAGCAUUUUCUUUGCUAGUUUUGAUCAUCCUGUGGAGAGGCUGAGAUGUUCCUUGGCUGUUUACGAUCGUGGGCUCUGGUCAGUGAUCCCAAGUGGAGCGCCAGGAGCUCCUCCCUGUUCUGUGUGUUUCUGAUACUAACUAUAAACCACGUCUGUCCGCCUCGGGUUCGCGAGCGAGGGGAAUGCCAUGUGUGAAUUCACAGCCAGUAAUGGCAUCCGUGCAGCUCCUUUGUCAGGUUGUCAGUGCCUUUGCAGCACGCUGUGCAUAUUAAACGGCUGGCACGUCUCGUGACUCUUCGUCCCCCAGCCUCUCUAGCAGUUCAUAGCCAUGUGGCCUAAGAAAAGAGACAACUCUGCAAGUAGUGAUAGUAUUUGUUCUUAGCACAAAUAUAAUUGAAAAAAAAACAACAAAGGUUUUCCAGUCUAAAAGACCUCGCACAGGUGUACCUGUUAUGGAGGUUUUUUUUGAACUAAAUAUACUAUUUUUGUCUAUAAGCCUAUACCUGCUUUGGAACCUUUAGCAUCUCUCUUCCGGCAGAAGGAAUCAUUACUUGCUUUACAGUGUUUUUAGCUCUGAUUUCACAUUCACUGUACCUGUCUGGCACGGCAGGGCACUGACCCCAUGGGCUCCUUUGGUUACCUCCCAGGCUCAGCCAUUAACUUGUCACCUGUGUGAUGCUGUGUCACAGACAGAAUGGGAGCCUCACACAAAGCUUAUUAGUUGAGUCAUGUGCUGCAGAGAGAACCCCCUUGCUUUCUGAACUCCUCAGAGUGGAGUCUACGUGUGGCUGGAUCCAAUCUUAGCCCCAGACUUAAUCAACAGUUUACGUCUAAAGGAUUAUCCAAGUGUAAUUGAGCCUUUGUACAAUUUUGUCCUGAAGAAUUAAGGAUGGCAAACCAAAUAUAUUUAUAUAAAAUAUUUAAUUUGUUAUGAUUAUGAUUAGACUAAAAUAGUUUAAUCAGACUAAAAUAUUUUAAUCAGAAUUAUUUACUCCACAGGUAGAAGCUACAACUAUUGGUACAGGCUAAUUCUCUGUCUUUAAGCAAUAUUAAAGCAAUUAUGGGAAAGCUAACAAAACCAAUUCAGAACCAAAAUCAAGUAGAGAUUGAUGUCACUGACUCCUACCAAAGAUUGUAGGCAAAUCUCUUUUUCUCAGCCUUGAGGAAUAACCUUGAGGGGCACCCCCAAGCCAAGGGAAUAUCUCCACAGACACCCCAAGAAGGGGGAUGUCAGAAGACCCUGCCAUUAAAGAUUGGGACUGCUCACUCAGACGUCUGCAGGCCAGCUGUGUCAGUUCAGCAGCUUUAGACAAGUUAUCAGCAGUAUCACUUUUUCCUUCUUUUAUCACGCACUUUACCAGGCCAGCUACAUCCUCACCUCACUCUCAGGAUGUUUAAUUUUGGAGCUGAUGAGUCAGUCUGCUUUCAGCAUUAUUCAACACCAAAAGCAGCACAGAUAGCUUUGCAAAUAGGGCGUUGUUCAAGUUGGUUUACCCCAUUCUAGGCAGAGUAUCCUGUUACAAACCAGCUGAGCACUUUCAAAACUAUUUGAUUCUAACUGAGGUGUUUAAUCUUAUCCUCUCUCUCCUAGAAAGUUUCUGUAGAAGUAUGGGCAAAAUACAGCAUUUCAUUUUGGAAAAAGAAAAAUAAUCUAAUUCAGACUGCUAAUUUCAAGUACAAAGAUUUCAAGAACAGACUAAUUUCAAGUACUGUUGUUCCCCUUCAGACUACUAUCAGUUAUUCUUUUCUGUAAUAUCAAAAAGAAUUGUUCAUCAAAUGAAUACAUGAUGAGUGAGAAUCUGUUGCACAAAUAAGUUUGUACCUGUGCUUUCAGGAAUAUUUGGUAGGCCAAAAAAUAAAUAAAUUGAGGGCUAAAAUAUUUGGUGUUGAAGAAUAAUAUAGGAGUCAGUUGGAGUCCCACUGGGGUUGUAUCUCCUGCCCUAAAAACAUCAAUUUUGAUGAGCAGGAGGAUAUUGGAAGGGGGGAGUGAGAAAAAGUAAAAAUACCCAAACAAUGAAUAGUUUUCUUUAAUGUAAGGGUUGCAGCAGGGAGAGGGGAAAAUCCAGAAGGAGUACCACAGGUUGCCUUUCCUCUUUGGUCUGCUGGCUAAUUGGUGUGUGCAUAUUGGUCAGAAUCUGUGCAGAUUUGAGCCAGCUGGAGGAGGCAAUGCUGCUUGCUGUGUCACCAGAAGGAAUGUGGGGAGGUGGAUCAAACA